AUGGCAUUUAAAGAACAUCAUCGAGACAGAGGAGUGCAAUGGCGGCGGGGAGUGGACCUAUUUAUUUUACUAAAUAUUAUUCUUAAUCAAGCAGAGGCACAGAUCCGAUAUUCAAUCCCAGAGGAGAUGAAAAAAGGGUCCCUUCUCGGUAACGUCGCACAAGAUCUUGGUUUGGAUCUAAAAAGGCUCCGUUCUGGUCGGGCCCGUAUCGUGACCGGAGAAAACAUCCAGUUCACUGAGCUGAAGACAGACAAAGGGACUUUAGUCGUGAAUGAGAGAAUAGACCGAGAGCAGCUUUGUGGGGACCUGACACCGUGUAGCUUUACUUUUGAAAUGUUAUUGGAAAACCCGAUGGAGUUACACACUGUGACUAUAGAAGUAUUGGACGUAAACGACAACGCUCCCACUUUUCAAAACAGUCACCUGGAAUUUGAAAUAAGCGAAUCAGCUGUGCUUAGUUCCCGUUUUGUUUUAGAGAGUGCGGAUGAUGCCGAUGUUGGCGAAAACGGUCUGCAGAAUUACAUUUUGACACCGAACGACAAUUUUGUUUUGAAACAACACGUCAAUCCGGAUGGCAGUAAAUAUGCUGAGAUGGUGCUUCAAAAACCCUUAGACAGAGAAGAACAGCCACGCCUGUCAUUAAAGCUGGUAGCUGUGGACGGCGGAAAUCCGCAAAGAUCUGGUACAGUAAACAUAGAUGUCAAUAUUCUCGAUGCAAAUGACAAUGCUCCGGUCUUUAAUCAGUCAGUAUAUAAGGCAAUAGUGACUGAAAAUGCGCCUAAAGGCACUCAUGUUGUUACUGUGAACGCUAGCGACAUAGAUAGCGGUUCAAACGGACAAGUUACAUAUUUCUUGUCAAAAUCAAAAGCAGGAAUAGCUGAUUUGUUCGAUAUAGAUGAGACUACUGGGAAAAUAUACGUGUCAAGAGAAAUAGAUUUUGAAAAAGACAAAAAAAUUGAGUUUAGAGUUGAAGCUAAAGAUCAAGGCGGUCUGACAGAUUCUAGCAAAAUUGAAAUUGAAGUAAUUGAUGUAAAUGAUAAUACUCCAGUCAUUAAUGUCAUGUCAUUCACUAGUCCUUUGUCAGAAGACUCCCCUCCUGGCACCACUAUUGGCAUAAUUAAUGUUAAAGACCUUGAUUCGGGUGAAAAUGGACAAGUACGGUGCACGAUCGAAGGCAGUGUGCCGUUUAAAAUCAAAUCCAAUGUAAGAAAUUAUUAUACAUUGAUGACUGAUGCUGCAUUAGAUCGUGAAAAUCUGUCUGAAUGUAACAUCACUGUUGUUGCCUCGGACGGAGGAUCACCUCCCCUCUUAAGUAAAAGAACAUUUUAUCUGAAGGUCUCAGAUGUAAAUGAUAAUGCUCCAGUGUUUCCACGAGUCUUUUACAGUGCGUUCAUCCCAGAGAACAACUCUCCGGGUGUCUCUGUACUAAGUAUUAAUGCGAAAGACCCAGAUGAAAACCAGAACGCACGUGUCUCCUAUAUUUUGGAAGAGUGUGAGAUCGGUGGCUCUCCAGUCUCUGAAUAUGUUUCUGUUAAUGCAGAAAGCGGAAUGAUUCAUGCAGUUCGCUCAUACGACUAUGAGCAGAUCAAAGAACUCGUGUUCGUCGUCAAAGCUCAGGAUGGAGGCUCUCCUCCACUCAGUAGUAACGUGAGCGUGAAAAUAAUGAUCCAAGACCAGAACGACAACCCACCUCAGGUUCUGUAUCCAGUCCAGACUGGUGGUUCUCUGGUGGCUGAAAUGGUUCCUCGUUCAGUAGAUGUGGGCUAUCUGGUGACUAAAGUGGUGGCUGUGGAUGUGGACUCUGGACAGAAUGCCUGGCUCUCCUAUAAACUGCAGAAAGCCACAGACAGGGCGCUGUUUGAAGUGGGCUUACAGAAUGGAGAAAUAAGAACUAUCCGCCAGGUGACUGAUAAAGAUGCUGUGAAACAAAGACUGACUGUUAUAGUGGAGGACAACGGGCAGCCCUCUCGUUCAGCUACAGUCAUUGUUAACGUGGCGGUGGCGGACAGCUUCCCUGAAGUGCUGUCAGAGUUCACUGACUUUACACACGACAAGGAGUACAAUGACAACCUGACUUUUUACUUAGUGUUGGCUCUGGCUGUAGUUUCCUUCCUCUUCAUCACGUGUUUGGUGGUUAUUAUAUCAGUGAAAAUCUACAGAUGGAGACAGUCUCGCAUCCUGUAUCACUCCAAUCUCCCUGUGAUUCCAUAUUAUCCACCACGUUACUCAGACACUUUGGGGACAGGGACUCUCCAACACGUGUACAAUUACGAGGUGUGCAGGACGACUGACUCCAGAAAGAGUGACUGUAAGUUCGGCAGAGCUGGUAGUCAAAACGUGCUGAUAAUGGACCCCAGUUCUACAGGGACGAUGCAGCGGAUACAGAGUGAAAAGAGCAUCCUGGAUGAACCAGACUCUCCUCUAGAGGUGAGUUUAAUAAUUUAG